AUGAUGUUGGCGAAGCUGGCUGUCCUCGGCGGAUCGGCUGUAUUUCAGAAGCUUUCCAUAGCUUCCGCCUUAAGGUCUCCAUACGUGAAAAACCUUCUUAUCGCAUGGAAUAAGCAGUCACCUAAUGUUCCGUCCUUCUUUAAAGUUGGUCGCCUUGGAGGUCUAUGUCUCAGCACAUGCUUUGUCCCGCUUCUGAGGUAUGGACAAUGCAGAAGUGAUACUCAUCUCAGUAAAAGAGCCGAUCAUCUGAGUAAGGAGUUCUUACGAAGUAGAGAACCUUCUCUUUCACUUUCUGAUCUUUGGUCUAUUUUGAAACCGAAUUUUGGCUGGUUUCUGGCUGCUGUUAUUAGUGCUAUUCUUGCUGCCUUGGUUAAUAUUCAGUUGCCUAUAUACCUUGGAGCGUUGAUUGACAGGGUGGUCCAGAUUUUGAAAGAUCAAGCUACGGGAACUGCGACAGGUUUGUAUGUCAUUAAACCCGAAGCUAUCAGGCUCCUCAUAUGUUAUACUGCUCAAGCAUUACUUACGUUCUGUUACAUAACAUUCCUAAGCAUUAUCGGAGAGCGUAUGGCUUCUGCCCUACGUAUACAAUUAUUCAAUCGCCUACUUGUUAUGGACAUGAGUUUCUAUGACUGUCAGAAGACCUCUGAGAUGUCAAUCCGAUUAAAUAGUGAUGUACAGGAGUUUAAGAGCUGUUUCAAGCUUGCUGUUGCUCAAGGUCUACGAACGUUUACUCAGGUAUCCGGGUGUGUGGCUUCACUUAUUCUUAUUUCUCCAGUUAUGACAUUUUACACUGUAUCUGCUGUUCCUGUCGUUAUUGGAAUUGGUGCCUUGUUUGGAGCAUUGCUGAGAAGCCUUAGCAGAAGAGCUCAAGCACAGGCUGCAGUAGCCGCUGCUGUCGCUGAUGAAGCAUUUGGAAAUAUCCGAACAGUUCGAUCCUUCGCCAUGGAAAGACAGGAAUCAAGGUCGCUUUUUCGAUUUUUUUGUUGA